UUAGUAGGAAAGGUGUCGUGGUAGAGUAGGUUCACAGAAGUGUCAAAAUGCCUCCAUUAGAUAAACACCACCACUCUAAACCUUUCAAACAAAGGAAAAGUCUAGCUACCAGAAUGGAAGAAGUUGUCGGGAUUCGGACCAAGUUUCCAACUAAAAUUCCGGUAAUCGUAGAACGGUAUCAAAGAGAAAAGUACCUCCCUCCUUUGGACAAGACGAAAUUUCUGGUCCCUCAAGAGCUUUCAAUGACUCAGUUUAUCACUAUUAUUAGAAACCGAAUGUGUCUGCUGCCAAGUCAGGCGUUUUACCUGCUGGUUAACAAUAACAGUUUAGCCAGCAUGUCCCAGACCUUGGCAGAAGUGUACAAGGAUCACAAAGAUGAAGACGGCUUUCUCUAUAUGACUUACGCAUCCCAGGAAAUGUUUGGAUCUUCUGCUCACGUUUACCAUUGGAAGUCUCUCAAAGCCCUUUAGCAGGACUUUGUUUGUUUUCAUUCAUCAGACUACCUUUUUAAUGUUUUCUUCAUUUUGUUGUGAUAGUGGAUGCCUGUGCAUUGGCAGGUUCAAGUGUUUGCACAGUGCUGAUAUUUGCACGUACCAGAAGUGUGUUGGAUAUAUUUCUAAGACUGAUGCAAUUUUUAUAGGUGCUUGUUUUGUACUUGA